ACCACUAAUUCACUAAACAGUACACACACAAAUUGGUUAAAUCCUCACUCGCACUUUUCUCUCUCAUUUCACUCUCGUUCCAUUUUCCAAAACCCUACCACUCAAUCACCGCCAUGGCCGCCUCCAAUUCGAUUCGCCUCCGUCGCACCCUCAGGGCUAUCUCCUCCCUCCACCGCUCCUUCUCCUCUUCAGCCGCCACCUCUGCGCCACCAAUUUCCCUCGCCAUUCGCCGCGUCCUUCCCUCAGCUCCUCCAGCCCCAGCACCAGCACCUUGGCUGUCCCGUUCAUUCAGGUCGUCGUCCAUAUCGCUUUGGUCGAACAUAUCAUCGUCGGCGUCCAACAUCCCCGACGAAAUGACCCCGACGAUAUACUGUUCGAGGGCUGCGACUGCCACCACUGGCUCUUCGGCAUGGACUUCCCCGGAGACAACAAACCCUCCCCCGAAGAAAUGGUCUCGGCAUCAGUGUGGAGGAGGCAAAGCAGAAAAUCUACGCCUGCGGUACCACUACCUACUACACUGGCUUUCAAGCUGUUAUGUCUGAAGAAGAAUCCAAGAAAUUUGAAAGUAUUUGUUGUAACAGAACUUCCUGGAGUCAUCUCUGUGCUCCCAGAUGCCUAUAUUGAUCCCGUGAACAAGGAAUAUGGAGGAGAUAAGUACAUCAAUGGAACAAUUAUCCCUAGGCCUCCACCGAUACAAUAUGGAAGAAACACAGGAAGACGUCCUCACCAAUUUUUGAUUUGGGGCAGUCUUAGAUGCAAGCAGGAAAAAAAAAAUCAAACUUAAGUCAAAGAAGAGAAUAUUAGAAUGUAGUCUUUUUACACAACUUUUUGGAACCUUUACAGAAUGUAGUCUUUUUACACAACUUUUUGGAAUCUUCACAACUAUUUUUCGGAUCAACGAAAUUGCCUACCUCCUCUCUUAGUAUAGUGCUUCUGAAUAGCAUUAUACCUUGCAGCUGUCGGUCUCACCCCAUUCAUAAUGGCCUUCUGGAAGAUGAUCUCUGCUUCCUCUAUCUCUUCAAACUUGAGAAGAAGGUCUAUGAGCCUACACCAGAUGUUCGGAGGUAUAAAGCCCGACUACCAUUUCCAAAAAAGCAUCUCUGCUUUUUUCCAACCUGUCUUGAGAUGUAUAGACAUGAAACAUCAAUCUCAUGCUGUAGGAAGAUCUCGUAAAUGAUUUAGGAAAAAGAUCGCAAACUUCCUAACAAAACUCUUUAAUGCAGCUUUGGACAGAGAAGGAGGUGAAGAUGGAGAGAUAGCCUUACAGGCCUCCCAUAUUCGCUAAAUCAUUUACGAGAUCUUCCUACAGCAUGAGAUUGAUGUUUCAUGUCUAUACAUCUCAAGACAGGUUGGAAAAAAGCAGAGAUGCUUUUUUGGAAAUGGUAGCCAGUAAGAGCUUUAUACCUCCGAACAUCUGGUGUAGGCUCAUAGACCUUCUUCUCAAGUUUGAAGAGAUAGAGGAGGCGGAGAUCAUCUUCCAGAAGGCCAUUAUGAAUGGGGUGAGACCGACAGCUGAAAGGUAUAAUGCUAUUCAGAAGCAUUAUACUAAGAGAGGAGAUAGGCAAUUUCGUUGAUCCGAAAAGUAGUUGUGAAGGUUCCAAAAAGUUGUGUAAAAAGACUACAUUCUGUGAAGGUUCCAAAAAGUUGUGUAAAAAGACUACAUUCUAAUGUUUUCUUCUUUGACUUAAGUUUGAUUUUUUUGCUUAUUUCUGCUUGCAUCUAAGACUGCCCCAAAUCAAAAAUUGGCUUCUGAGUAGCUUUUUUUUCAUGGACAUUCUUGGUUCAUUACAGCAUUAUAUAGGUUGAAGUUGUGAUUUGAAAUUAAAAGUGUAUAUAUGUCAUUUUAGAACAGUAGAAUCAAUUAUUAGUUCACCCUUUGAAAUGUGAAAAUUUUGAUAUUUGUUUGA